AUGGGUUCCAUAGCUUUGACACACUUGGUUAUACCUUUACUGUUGAUGAUUUUCAUUUUAGCCUCAAAUUACAAAGAAAUUGCAGCACACACAGUCUCAUCAGAUAGUCCUCCACCUGGUAAAGAACCCAGUUUACAAUCAGAUGAUACAGGGAGAGUAGAUCCCCUUGAUGGUUUUAAGAAAUACAGAGGAGGAUAUGACAUCACCAACAAGCAUUAUUGGAGUUCAACCAUAUUUACAGGAGUUUAUGGCUACACAAUUGGGGUACUCUGGCUUUUCAUUGGAGUUGUAUAUGGAUGCUUUGUUUUGGCAAGCAAAUUUUGUUCCAAAAGAAAGGAAAAGCUCAAGAGAAGGUCACUUUGCUUCAAGCAAUUCUACUUGUGGGCUGUUCUGCCUACAUUCCUCACAGUCCUGGGAAUGGCUGCAUCUGGGUUAGUUCUGGGAUCGAACGUAAAAUUUCAUUCACAAGCAAGAGUUGUGGUCAAUAUAGUUAUGGAGACAGCGGAUGAGGCAUCAGAAACCUUAUACAACACAACAGGAGCAAUCAAAUACAUAGCAAGGAACUUGGGGACAACAUCUGCAUAUGUGACUUGUCAGGCUUCUGGGUUCCUCACCUCUACAUCAGAGAGGCUAGACGUUGAAGCUGCCGGUAUACAGAGGGAAGCCAAGAAGAAUAGACACUUAAUCGACAAGAGUCUCAAGAUAGUUUAUGUGGUAACUAUUGUGAUCAUCUCCCUGAACGUGGUUGCAGCAAUUGCCCUGUCAGUCACUGGAAUCCUGAGGUUACAGAGGCAGCUUUACUUGUUGAUGAUACUCUGCUGGAAGCUGACAGUUUUGUGCUGGUUGCUCUUUGGGAUAUACUUCUUUGUAGGAAACUUUAUAAGCGAUACAUGUACCGCUAUUGAAAACUUCCAAGAAAACCCCUAUAAUAACAGCUUGAGCUCAAUGCUUCCUUGCAACAAACUGCUCUCGGCAAAGCCAGUCCUUUCUGAUAUCAGCAGGAGGAUUUACAGCCUCGUUAAUCAGGUGAAUGCGGAUAUAUCAGCACUGUCACUAGCAGCAUCAUAUCCAACAAUCUGUAAUCCCUUCUCAGCUCCUCCCGAGUACGAAUACCAGCCAAAUAAUUGCCCGCCUAAUACAAUUAAAAUAGGAGACAUACCACAGGUCUUGAAGGUGUUCACAUGUUCUGGGGGUCCCAAUGGGACCUGCAACGACGGAGAGUUUAUAACCUAUAGUGAUUACGAAACAGUAGAGGCUUACACAAGUUCAGUUCAAACCCUUCUAAAUGUGUAUCCUAGUAUGGAAGAUUUGAUUGAGUGUCAGUCAGUAAAGGAUGCAUUUUCAGAGAUCCUUCACAAGCACUGCAAGCCAUUGAAGAAAUAUGCAGGCAUGGUGUGGGUUGCAAUGAUUGUUCUUUCAGUCAUCAUGGUGGUUUUGGUCCUGAUAUGGGCAACACAAGCUAGUCAUGAGCAGGAAACACAUUCUUCUGGCAGUUAUGUGAAACCCCACCCAGCAACUACUGAAUUAGUCAAAGAUGACUCAAAUUCUAGUUCUGUCUAGACAAUAGCAUUCAAUUUUCAAGAUGACCUACUGGAAGACUUCAAGCGCAGGCAAACUCCAAUAGGUCUGGCAAUAGGAUGAAGAGCUCAUAGGUAGACAAACAAAGAGAAAUGAUGCAGCCUGCAGGAGCAUAUAGUGCACUGUUUGUAGAGUGAACAAUGACUAAUUUUCUGGAAUAUUUAUUUUAGUGUUUAUUUAAUUUUCUAAAUUAUAUUAUAUAUUAGGCUUAAUAUCUAUGCUUUAAAAAGUCAUGUGACUUUUAAUAUUACUGAAAGAUUAAGAUUUGUUAUAGUUACAUUAAUAAAUGGAUAGUUAGGAUUCUAGGGUACUAAAAGGGCUUAU